AUGAAAGGAGAGAAACUCGAGGAGGGAGACGUCGAGCUGUGGCUUACCCAUCAUGCCCCAGAGGACAUCCCUGUGUGCCUGGAUAAGUCCCUGAAAGACCUCCAACUGGACUACCUGGACCUGUACCUCGUGCAUUUCCCUGUUGGUCUAAAGAAAAUGGGUGAUGAGCUUUUCCCGAAGAAGGAUGGAAAGAUGUUGACCUCUGACAUCGACUAUGUGGAUGUGUGGAGGGGCAUGGAGGCCCUGCAGGCCUCAGGGAAGGUGAGGAGCAUUGGGGUGUCUAACUUCAGUAUCCUGCAGCUGCAGAGACUCCUGGCUCUGUGCAGGGCCCCCCCCGCUGUCAACCAGGUAAUAAUAAUAAUAAUGGGUUUAAUUUAUACCUCCACGGUCUGUGGUGCUCUCAUGUGCUCGGGGAGAGCAUUCCACAGUCUGGGAGCAACCGAGCAGAAAGCCCAGUCUCCCAUAGUACGGAGCUUGUUCCUGGGGGGUUUGAGGAGGUUGGCUUUUCUGGAGCGGGAGGUCCGCAAGGAAGAUCCUAGCAGCGCUGUUCUGAAUGUACUGGAGCUUCUGGAUGCUUUUGUUAGGGAUCCCGAUGAGGAGUGCAUUGCAGUAGUCCAGCCUGGAGGAGACAAAGGCGUGGACUAG